AUGUUGAAGCUUUUCUGUGUUGUGCAGACCCAAGACACCAGGACAGAGGAGGGUCACAUCCGCCAGAUCCUCAGAGGGAGCGCCUGUGCCGGACAGAUCCGCCAGAUCCUCAGAGGGAGCGCCCGUGCCGGACAGAUCCGCCAGAUCCUCAGAGGGAGCGCCCGUGCGGGACUGAUCCGCCAGAUCCUCAGAGGGAGCGCCUGUGCCGGACAGAUCCGCCAGAUCCUCAGAGGGAGCGCCCGUGCCGGACAGAUCCGCCAGAUCCUCAGAGGGAGCGCCCAGGGAGCGCCCGUGCCCGACAGAUCCGCCAGAUCCUCAGAGGGAGCGCCUGUGCCGGAAAGAUCCGCCAGAUCCUCAGAGGGAGCGCCUGUGCCGGACACAUCCGCCAGAUCCUCAGAGGGAGCGCCUGUGCCGGACAGAUCCGCCAGAUCCUCAGAGGGAGCGCCUGUGCCGGACAGAUCCGCCAGAUCCUCAGAGGGAGCGCCUGUGCCGGACAGAUCCGCCAGAUCCUCAGAGGGAGCGCCUGUGCCGGACACAUCCGCCAGAUCCUCAGAGGGAGCGCCUGUGCCGGACAGAUCCGCCAGAUCCUCAGAGGGAGCGCCUGUGCCGGACAGAUCCGCCAGAUCCUCAGAGGGAGCGCCUGUGCCGGACAGAUCCGCCAGAUCCUCAGAGGGAGCGCCUGUGCCUGCUUGGUUCCCAAAGGAAGCUCCUGUCCCCAGAGGGUCCCAACAAAGAGGAAAACUCAGGAUCCCUCUGCAUUUGACGAAACAUCUUAUACAGGCCUCUUUAGAAACACCCAUGCCCAUCCAGUCUCCACAGAGGGAACCAGUGUCUGCCUCAAAGGUGUUCACACACUCCUCACAUGGAGCAUCCAUGCAGGACAAGAUAGGAGCUCGUCCCAAAGUAAAGAUCCCUGAGCCUGAGAUAGCGCCUCUGUCUUGUUCUCAGGCAGAUCUUGUUGUUAAAAAGAUCUCCGAGAGGAGAGAUGCUGAAAUCCCUGAGCUGCGGAGGCAAAAUACCCAUAACGCACCAGAGCCCGAUUCUUCUGCAAAACUGAGGAUCCCGAAGCAGAGGGAGAAGUUGAGGGAUUGGUGGGAGCAUCAGCAGAGGCAGAAGAACAUCCAAAAGGGAGUGUCUGACAGUGCCGGAGUGGACAGGUCAGCCUCACAAAACAAGCAGCGGAUGGCGAUCCAAGUCAACGACCGACAGUCGGAUCCAGGCGGCGCAGACCAAAUGGAUUAUUUAUGUUGCUUAUUUGCAAAAUGUUUUGUCAUUUAAAAUAUUUAAUUUUUAUUUUGUUAAACGUGUGAG